CGCGUUGCCCACCGGGAGGCAUCUCCCGAGACUCCGCGCGUAUCGGAGCCGCGAGUGUCCGCGGCUUGAGGAGCUCCUGUCGCCACCAUGCUGAUGAAGGGUCGGUUCCCUAUCCUCCGCACGCUGAAGUACCUGGGCCGCGGGGAGGUGGUAUUUAAGGACUCGGUGAAGGUCAUGACCGUGAACUACAACACGCACGGGGAACUGGGCGAAGGCGCCAGGAAAUUCGUGCUUUUCAACAUCCCUCAGAUCCAGUAUAAGAACCCUUGGGUACAGAUAAUGCUGUUUAAGAACAUGACGCCGUCGCCCUUUCUGCGGUUCUAUCUAGAUACUGGGGAGCAGGUCCUGGUAGACGUGGAGACCAAGAGUAAUAAGGAGAUCAUGGAGCACAUAAAGAAAAUCUUGGGCAAGAAAGAGGAGAUCCUCAGGGAGGAAGAGCUGGAGAAGCAGCAGCGCUCUCAUCCGGCCAACUUUGGCCCCCGGAAGUACUGCCUGCGGGAGUGCAUGUGUGAAGUGGAAGGUCAGGUGCCCUGCCCUGGCCUGGUGCCCUUACCCAAGGAGAUGAGAGGGAAGUACAAAGCUUCCUUGAAAGCCAAUACUUAGGUCUAAGCAAGGUCACUUGGGAUGGACUGGUGACAUAUGACAGGUGGAGAUGAUUAUAUUUGUACCACAAAUGAUGGAACCCCCUGGAAUGGAAAGGCCAGCUUGCAUGCCCAUUUAAAGGACAUGGAGAGAAGUCCAGGGUUGCCAGCUGUGAAAAGAUGUCAAUAAAAGAUUGAGUCUUCCUGUA